AAUCGGGCUAGACCAGCCGUUGAUGGGAGCUAGGUUUUCGAGAAUAUUUCUGUCCUAACGGUUAAAUUGCCACGAUAUCGAAGGUAAUAUUUGGGCAGAUAUUGUCAUCUCCGAGCCAUGACAGGUUCUCCGAUGUACCGGUAUCUUAGAAGGAGCAAAAUUGAGGGUCCUUCAUAAUCCUUGGCCAACCUUGGACAAGGGAUCAUUAAGGGUACUGAGGCCCUCACCAUACAAUACUUGGAAGUCUCUUGUCUCUAGAGAGAGAAGCAGGCUCCAACCUUUGCCCCAAACAAGGCUAUGACUUCAACUCUGCUCACUUGAUCAAGGUUGCCACUUCGCGAUAGCGGAGUCUUUCCCAGGUCAAUGGGCUAGGCUGGGGACACUCCGUAUAGGACGCCAUGACGGCACUGAAGAAGUCUUUGGAGUCGAAACUCCCUGGCAGACUACUUGGCGCUGCUGCAGGAGGCGUCAUGGUGAGGGAGCAAAUAUCACCCCACGAAACCACCAAACCGCAAGCGAGCCUGGGCCGGGUCUGCGGUGGCAACGGUGCGAGUUGACGGGUGGGGGAUCCCAGCUGUUGAUUUAAUGCAGGGGACGUGCAGAAGCAGUGGAGGCUUAGAUUCUUGCAAGCUAUCCUAGGUACCCCUGUUUAGUAGCUUCUACCCUGGUCUUAACAUGCGGGUGCUAUCGAGUUGAGUAAACAUGGGCAUUGCUACUCAACGUCUUG